AUGCUGCAGGCGGCAAAGUUGGAGAUGGUCGACUUCGAUUGGGCUGGGAAGGCUGCACAGGUGUUUUAUCCCGUGCGGCGUCAUGAUCAGAUCAACUCGUCUGUGCCUGCUGGGUGCUCGCCAGCGAUUGAGGCCGGGCAUGAUCGUCAGACGGAUAAUUCAUGGUGGCAGUCCUUCGCAGCUUGA